AUGAAGUACCUCGCUGUUCUCGCCUCUAUAAUUGCGGUCGCUGUAGCGGACACGCCUGUCACCGGCAAUUGGACCCUGUACUGUGGCUCUUCUUGUGACAGCACCACUGAGGCUGCCAGUGGAACUUUGACAUCCGGCGAUGGAUGCGCCCGUUUUGAUUCUACUUUCGAAUACUGCCGCUUCGAGGGUACCUAUUUCUUCUUGGCCGGACUCGACUCUGAUCCAAACUGCCACGGGACGGAGGGAGUAACACUUGCGCCGGGAGACUGCACCAGUGCUGGAAAGUGGUUCACUCAUGAGAUCAGUGCCUUUCUCUAA